AUGAGAGCCUACAUUUGCCACGAUCAAAACCUUGAACUGGAUCAUCGGCCGCUUGUGUCCAUCAAGCAUUACUUCCAUCACAAGGUACACUGUGCUUUUCAAGGAGGUUACAACUUCCAUGUGUACAACCCACAAGGGGAAAACAUAUGUCGCCAAAUAUUCUUUCCGCUUCGCAUUGAGAGUGAGUGCGAGAAAGGGGACGGCAUGACAUUUAAAUUUCGGGAUGAUCAUUGUGUAGACCGCUCGUGGGGAAUCCACGCAGGUUUUGAAAAGGUUCAUUGCCUGGCUCGAUGGCAGGAAGAAGUUAGUUUAACAGAUAAUUACGUACGAUUGGAAAUGGAGAAGAAAAUAUUCACGUCGACAUGUGAAGACGAGAGCGUCCACUGUACCGCGGAUGUGGGAUUGUGUGAUUCCAAAUUCGGGCCUCACUGCCCGAUGAGGUGUGGUCGCUGUUCAUAUGACGACGACCUUAACACGUGUCAGUUCCUGGAUACAAUCCGUGGAGAUUGGCUUCAGGUCUCAGCGUCGGGAAAUCGUAAGAUCAGCGUGAGAGUGAGUGACAUGAAGAUACAAGGGGUUGGGAAUUUCCGAUGGGAGGUUUUGCUGCAAAUUUUUAACAACGGCUGUCAUCCGCGAUACACGUGUGUAGAUCUAGAGAAAAUAGCGCCCUCUGUCAUUCGCUACAGACUAGGCCAUAGUGUUGAAUGGCCUCUCUUUCACGUAGAUCACCAGAAACAGCACAUUUGUGGAAAUAACCGUUUUUUCGGGGCUAGACACGAUCACAAGCCUCAUAUGAAAACUUCGUCUAUUCCAAUGUUGUCCUUAGUUAAUCGCAAGCAACUCCGCUUUGUGCAUUGUGAUUUACCUCGUACUAUACCCGAUGUGGUGGGGUUUGUAGACGCUCAGUGGUGCGGGGCUUACCAGUGUCUAGCCUCUAUGCAACUGAAAGAGUAUAGAGGUAUUAUUACAAAGACCACUGGGAUCAGUAAAGAAUUCUUGUGCUGGAUAUUCGACGGUGAAAACCGUAUUUUCAAUGUUCUCGGAUCUGAUUGUGACUAUGUCACGGCGAGAACCUUAGGCUUGGAUUCGAGGAACCGUCGGCUGAGUGGAUAG